AUGAAUAAUAACAUUUAUAUUAUAACAUUUAUAGAUGUAUUUAGAAAUGUAAUGACUAGGAAUGAAAUAUUUCAAGCAUUGGCAAGAUUAGAUCGUUUUAAAAGAUCGUCAUCAUCAUCUAUAAAUGACAUAGGAGAAUUCUAUAUAAAAGGAAAAGAAUUAAGAAAAUCAUUAGAGAAGAUGUUUGUUUAUGGUAUGGAUUGGAAGUUUAUUUCAUUGUCUCUACAUCUACCGGUUAAACCGUUUGAUGAUGUAGUUGUAAACUCUUUACAAUCAGGUCUAAACAAAUAUGUAGCACAUUCAAAUGUAACAUUAGAUUCGAUUAAAAAGGCAAUCGAAUGGGUUGGCUCAUUUCAACCAGAAACUGAUUUGUUGUCUCGUGUUGCAUCUCAUUCCGAGUUGGAUACUCUAAUUCAUCUAUCAACACAAUACCCACAAUGUGAUACUAGAGGUGCAUUGGAUAACGCAGCAAAUCGAGGUAAAAUAGAUAUGGUCAAAUGGUUACAUUUUAAUAGAUCUGAACCUUGUUCAACUUUUGCUUUAGAUGGAGCAAGUUCUGUAGGAUCAAUAAAAGUAGUAGAAUUUCUUCAUUUUAAUAGAAGUGAAGGAUGUACAAUCAAUGCAUUAAAUAGUGCAAUUCAGAAUGGUCAUUUAGAUGUGAUACGAUUCUUGAUGGAUAAUAGGAGUGAAGGAUUCUCUAGUCAUCCAAUUGACGAAGCAUCGAAAAGAGGAAGACUUGAAGUAGUCAAGUAUCUUGAUACACGUCUUGGAUCGACAAUACCAAGAAUAUGUUCAAUGGCUGCGAUGAACAUUUCCGCAAAGAAUGGUCAUUUACCCAUCGUAGAAUAUUUACAUUUGAACCGUACAGAGGGAUGUAAUUUUCUUGCAUUCAACGGUGCUGCCUUGAAUGGACAUUUAAAUGUCCUAGAGUAUCUUGUAAACAACCGUAAAGAACGUCCUAGUGCCAAUGUAAUGAUAAAUGCAGUACUGGCCAAUCGAUUAGACAUUGUCAAAUACCUUGAUGGUAUAAAGGUAGGUACAGACUAUUACAAAAAGUCAAUGGAUGAGGCAUGUACUAGAAACUAUAUGGAAAUAGUAGAGUUUUUCCAUGGUACAGGUACCAAAUGUAGCAAAAAUGCAAUGGUUGGAGCAUCAAGAAACGGACACUUGGGUAUGGUCAUGUGGUUACACUAUAACCAUGGUGACGAUCUGCUCGACGUCAAGAGCGAUGCUGUUGAUCAGGCAGCGGAAUCAAACCAUCUUGAAGUGGUCAGGUUCCUCCUCAUCAAUCGACCUUCAUCCACUGUUUCAGAUUCUACUCGUCGAUUGAUACAAAGGAGCGGAUACUAUACACAUAUCGCAGAUUUCCUAAACAAUCACACCACCACCGCCAUCUGA